AUAUAAGUAAGCUACGAAGUGCUAAUCUACCAUUCUUAUACAGACGUUAAACUGUUACAAUAAGAUAAAUAAAAUGUAUGCUAUUAAGCGGUUCGGUUUGUUUUGUACUUUGCUGUUACUUGCUGGAACUUCUGUAGCCCAAAUAUCAAAUUUAAGCAACUGCAGUCGAACUGAGGCGUCCUGGGGACCUGAAAGCGUGAUUGAAAUCACGUGCGCAAGGCUGGGCUUUUCGACCAUAACACGACCGUUUAUAUCUUCGCUGUUGCACGAAAAUAUUCGUCGCAACGAAGGAAAGCAACAACGAGGUGUGGUUAUUGAUACGGUGUUGUCGAAGCGUAGUUUCAAUAUAAAGCUGGAAGAUUUAAAUGUGGCAGAAAUUGCAGAUGGAAGUUUCGCAGAUGCUAAAGACGUUAAAGUGUUGAACCUUGUGGGGAACGCAAUUCAACAACUGAAACCGCUCGCCAUGACUGGCCUUACAUCUCUUAAGAAUUUGUUUUUGGGUUCAAACGACAUCAAUAUCAUCUAUCCUGGCUCCUUCGUCGAGCUGAGGAGUCUUGAUUGGUUGGAUUUGUCGCGAAACAAGAUUUCCGAAUUCUCCUACACGACGUUCAUGGGACUGAGUAUGCUAAAAUCUCUCAACUUGGAAUACAACAAUAUCUCCGCCAUUCGAACAGCUGGCUUUGGCGCACUCUUGCGGUUGGAAAAUUUGUACCUUGAGGGCAACAGAAUUUCUUCUAUUAACGGUGGCUCACUGGCUGGCAUGUACAGCUUGCAGUUUCUGUCUUUAAAAAGAAACGAAUUAAGCCGAAUAGCCGAUGGAACAUUUGCAGGAAAUCCACAGCUAACACAACUAGAUUUGUCUUACAACCAAAUUACGGAAAUCAAAUCUUCGACUUUUGUUGGUUUGACUGCAUUGCGAAUUUUAAAACUUAAUGGUAACAUGAUCAGCACAAUAAAGGACCACGCGUUUACUCAUGUACCUCAGCUGUCCGAACUUGAUUUGUCUCAUAAUGCUUUGACUACGCUCCGAAGAAAUAUGUUCCUUGGUCUUGUAAACAUCCAUGUGUUAGAUAUAUCAGAAAACUGGAUGCACGGUACAGCUCUAUCAACAGAUGACACUUAUGGGUCACCUAAAUCCGAUCUUAUUGAAGCUAUUGGUAUCAUUUGCCGAAAGCCUGGUCUUUAUUUUACUAAUCUCCGAAACAACGGUUUGAUUCCUAUGCUAAACAAUGUGACACAGCAAGCACUCGGGUUUGACUUUGCAGACGGUACUCAACAUUUCUGCGUGUUUUAAAUUGAUUUUUUGCAAAUUUAGUUCUUAUGAGAGUUAUAUUCUUUUUUGCUGUAUAUUACCCAGAUGUAUAUGUAUAUUUGUUUUUUUUCCCCUAUUAAUACAAUACAGCUGGCGCAAUGAAAUACAAAAAACAAUACAACAAGUAAGUGCA